AUGGUUGCGUUUGCUCUCAUGUUCUAUUUUGUCAUAUCGGCUAUUUUGCAAUACUAUGCCUAUCCGACGCAGACAAAAGUUGAAGUUCGUCUUGAUCGAACAAUGAUAUUUCCUGCUGUAACUGUUUGUAGUGGAAAUUCGUAUCGAUAUGAUAAAAUAAAUGCCUCACUUGUCUCCUUCUUCAAUCGACUCAUGUCACCGAAUGCAACAUUCGAUCAGAAUCUUCUUAACUCACUCGUAAUUCCAUUGGUUGUUGAUCUAUUCAGUCGAAAUCAAACAGAAGAAUUGGUGUCAGUCGGAUUUCAGCUGAGCGAUAUGUUACUUUCAUGUACAUACAAUGGACUCAACUGUGCCGAUGUAUUCACACAAUCGAUAUCGGCAGCUUUGGGUAAUUGUUUUACAUUUAAUUGGAAGACAUCAACAAAACUCUUUACAAUUAGUGAUUUUGGCGAGGAUAUUGUGUUAAAAGAGGGCCUCUCAAUGACAUUCUACAUACCUCAAGAGCUCUUUUUCCCUAGUUCAUGGUUCGAUGCUGGUCUCAUUAUUUUGUUGCAUGAUAAUGAUGAACUUCCGAUGCCUAAUGAAAAUGGUCUAUAUUUGCAGCCAGCUCGAUCCCAUUUAAUUACCUAUCGAAAGAGUGAAACAACUUUCCUUCCAUCACCCUACACAAAUUGUACAUCGAAUGUUCGUGACGAUUUACAUGCUCUAUAUAAGACAACGUUUCUCGAUUCCACGAUGUCAACUAAAAUAGCCUAUUCAGAAACGUUGUGUUUGGAAUUGUGUGAACAAGCUUAUAUUUUUUCACAAUGUUCAUGCAUUCUACCCAUGCCGUUUUUCGCACGAAAUGUUUUCACACUUGAUGAUCAGCUCAUCUCGGCUAAUUUUUGCAACAUAUUUACCAGUCAACUAUCAUGUACAGUUAGUGCUAAACAACAAUUAUUGGCUAGCAGUGAUCUUCAAAGGUUAUGGUGUACACAUUGUGUUCCUCAAUGUCUACAUACGUAUUUCAAGAGUGAUCUCAGUGCACAAUCGGGUCCAUCUGUAGGAGAAAGUGAACAGUGGCAUGAACUAUUAGUUACACAAAAUUAUACUGGGAAAGUCUUGUUACCCAACGAUUUUGCACAACGUUUUGAUUACUAUUUCAAUCGGAACUAUUUGAAAAUUCUAGUUUCAUGUGGUAGCAAGUAUGUUACUGAAUAUAAACAAGAGCCGAAAUUGACAAUAAUUGAUACUUUUUCUGCGAUUGGUGGACAAACAGGCCUGUAA